UGGUGACGUAUUACACACACGGCACUUAUUCAGGAUGUCGAUCGACUUGCGGAAGAACCAAGAUGCGAUCAUCAAAGCCUAUAAUGACGUGGUGAACGAUAAAACAGAUACGAACUGGGCUGUGUUUGGAUACCAGGGCCAGUCUGCUGUUAUCAAGGUCUAUGGAACUGGAGAUGGCGGUACCGAAGAGAUGGCUGAGGAACUCAACAGUGGCAAGAUCAUGUACGCCUAUCUGCGAGUCAAAGAUCCCAACACAGGUCUUCCCAAGUUCGUCUUUAUUAACUGGCAGGGGGAAGGGGCCCCCGACGGUUUCAAGAUGAAAUGUACGCAACAUAUAAAAGACAUGACGUCUUUCUUGAAGAUGAUCCACAUCACUAUAAACGCGAGGACGGAGAUGGACGUUGAUGAGGAUGAGAUCUUACAGAAGGUUGCCAAGUCUUCUGGAUGUAACUACAGUGUUCACAAGGAGAAGCCAAAAAAAAUUGAUGCUCCCACACCAGUGGGUACAAAUUACAAGAGGACAGAGCCACACAGAGAACUUGGUGGAAAGAGCAGAGAUCAGUUUUGGGCCAAAACCGAGAUAGAAGAGAAAGAGAGACAAGCAGAAGAAAGGAAAAAAGCACAGGAAGAGAAAGAAGUGCUGGAGAAAGAAAGGAAAGAAAGAGAGAUAAAAGAAGCAAAGGAACGUGACCGACGCAUGAUGGAAAAGAUGAAGGCAGUGAAUGAACAAAAACGAGCAGAAAAAUUAUCUGAAUCUUCAGAUAAAGAUUCCGAUAAGAAGAAAUGGGACCAUGACCAGCAGGAGCUGUAUAAAGAUGAGGAGGAACGGAGACACCGCAGUGAGUCACUGAGGAAGGAGCGAGCCGCGGAAGCAGCGAGGUUAGCAAGUCGGUCAACAAGUACAGCUAGGAAUUUCUUUAAACAGAAGAGUGUUGAGAGACCCAACGACAGCAGACAGGCGCCGCCGCCACCUCGAAAGAUCCGAGAUGGUUUUCUCGCUGAAUCCCAUGAAGACAAUGAGAAUACAUCACCAACCACAGCGCCCUCGAUCCCUCACCGUGAACCAUCACCCCCACCACCACCACCACAACAACAACAACAGGAGUACUACCAAGAGGAGGAAACGUCACCGCCUGUGGAGGACGAACCACCUAAGAAACCGGUUCGACAACCAGAACCGGAACCAGAACCAGAAGUAUAUCACGAGCCGGAAGACCUGUCAAGUCCUCAGGCUCCUCCUGCUGCGAGUAACUUACUACAUCAGGGUCUCCCUCCACGACAGGACUCUGACGAAGAGGAGCAGCAGAACUGGGAUGAGCCAACACAGGAAGACUUCAAUGUGUCGGCUGCACCUGCGACUGGUGUAAACGGAUUUGACCACUCCUCACAGCCCAACACCAUAAUGUCUGCUGACAAGGGUCUGUGUGCCAUCGCGCUAUACGACUACCAGGCGGCUGAUGAGACGGAGAUUACGUUUGACCCUGGCGACACGAUCACAAACAUCGAUCAGAUUGAUCCCGGCUGGUGGAUGGGGACGGCUCCCAACGGAGCUCAGGGGAUGUUUCCUGCCAACUAUGUGGAGAUUAUUGAAUAGAGGAGACAUGAUCGGGAGCCAGUAUUCAGGAAUUUCGUCACACCAGGAGCCAAAGAACAUAAUCAUUGAAAAUCUACAUUUCAAAUCUCAGAUCGGAUCUUACAAAAUCUUACAAAACUUCUUCUUCUUUUUUUUUCUUAAUGUUAAUAUCUGCAGAUCAAUGACAGUGUCAGGGUUAAUCUUCCAAAAUUUAAUUUCUUUGUGAUGUGGAGGAGUUAUUGCAAGUUGCACAUUUUUAACAAGUUGGCAGAAUAAAUGUUCAUUAUUUUUGUAGGAUGGCAACUGCUUUAAAAACUAUUACAACUUGAUGCUUUUCUGUUUGGUAUCAAGAUCACAGACUAUACACUUAAUCAUUCAUAAUGAAUCCAGACAUGUAUUUAAUUUUAUAAUGUAAAAAUGUUUAGUGAAAAUUUCUACAAACAAAUAUUUAUUGUCAUUAUAAAUUAAAAGUAAAUUGAGAUUGAUUAAAUUUUAAUAAAAUAUCAUUCUUAUUCAUAUUAUUAGUAUUGAUCUCUGUAAUCAUGUAUUUGUUGUCAGGUUGACGAUCUAAUAAGAUGAGAUUAUUGUGGAAUAUUGGUCGAUAUCUUUACAUGUACGACGGGUUCGUUCACAAGACUUUAUUACAGGGACUCAUGAGAGGUAACGGUUUGUCAGCAGGGCUGAGUGUAUUUAAAUAAAACAAUUAAUUUAUUUUAAUAUGUCUAACACGGCCUUAUAUUUAAAUAAAGCAAAUAAUUUAUUUUAAUAUGUCUAACAUGGCCUUGUAUUUAAAUAAAACAAUUAAUUUAUUUUAAUAUGUCUAACAUGGCCUUGUAUUUAAAUAAAACAGUUAAUUUAUUUUAAUAUGUCUAACACGGCCUUGUAUUUGAAUAAAACAGUUAAUUUAUUUUAAUAUGUCUAACACGGCCUUGUAUUUGAAUAAAACAGUUGAUUUAUUUUAAUAUGUCUAACACGGCCUCUUUUUUUAGAGAUUGAUCGAAGAGUUUUAACAUGUUAUUUCUCAGGCUAUUACCAAAUAUCUAGGUGGCCUAGAGUAAGAUUUUUAACUAUCACACAUAUAAAUGUAGUGUUAUGUACACUAUUACCCACACAGUUUAAAAUAGAUUGGUUAAUAUUCAAAUGGUAAAUCCAGCUAGGUAGUGAUAUGUCACUGUUAAGCAGUUCAUGAUGUAACGCACUAUAAGCUGACUUCAGUAUGUGUAUAUAAUUGUUUUACUAGUUACAUUGUUUGAAACAUUCUUGGGUAAUAUAUAGAAUAUUAAAUUAGCUACCAUUUGAUAUCAAGUUUAUUUACAAAUGAAACUUGUUUCACUAGAGGCAUAAACUUGAUUUGAAAUUGAAUAUACUAUAAUUACAUGUGUUAAUACAUGUAUGUCUGAGCUGCUGGCAGAUUAUAAUUAUUUUAGCAAAGUCAAAAUCUUUUCUUUUUUUUUGUAAUCUUUUAAAUAAUUUUUAAAAAUAUAUUUUAGUUAUGCAGAACUACAUCAAUUUUAAUAGGGCUUAUUUUAAGAACUGCAACAAUAAUAACAAGGGUUAUUACUAACCUUAUCGAUCCCCACACACACUUGGAAAAACUACAAUGCUGUGUGUGUGUUUACUUUUGGUCCUGUGCAUUUCCAGAUGUAGGUUAAAGAAACUACUCACUUCCUUCAUACAAAUGUUUUUAUAAACUCUCAUGCAGUCCACUUGUUAUCAACAGUACACUGCUGUUCAUAUAAAACAAUUUAAACACCAAUUGAAAAUCAGUCAUUCAGCAAGCUCAAAAACGAGAUAAACUUCACAUCUAAAUUUCUUCUGACAUAAGUUGUGAUAUAGCUCAGUAGUAGAGCGCUGUUGCCUGGGGUGCCAUGGGAUGUAGGAUCGAUCCCAUCCAACUGAUUCUCUAUCCCAACCACUGCUCCACAAUGUGUCUAUCAAAGGUUGUGGUAUGUGCUGUCCUGUCAGUGGGAAAGCACAUAUAAAAGAUGCCUUGCCACUAUUCUACAGCAGUAGCCUAUGUGUGGCAGCAGGUGGUUUCCUCUCUCUCACACUAGACCAAAGGUCACAAUAAUGUUGUGUUAGACAUACCAAACAGGUCAAACCAUUUUACAUAGUGGAGAAUGUAUGAGGAAGUGUAGAUUCUUAAAAAUAUAAAGACGAGUCCUAUGGGGGAUGAGACAAACGCAUUUUGUUGUGAAUCCACACUUCAGAGUGUACUCUUCAACUUAAUUCAUUAUUCAUUAAUUGUUUUUAACGUGAUUGCCAAAUUAGCUACUAUUUUAUAUUUUUUAAUCGAAUAAAAACAACUGGUUUAAAUGCCAAGCAAUAUUUGCAAAACUAAUAACCCAAAGCAAUGUGAUCCUUUUCAUCCUCACCUGAACGAUUCAUCAAGUAAAUUCUAAGCCGUGAAUGGCUGGAAUUAAGCGUGAUACACAUGCUAAAUGUAUGAUCUAUGAUUUCCUGUUUAGUAUCAGACAAUCCUCAUCAUAUUCCAUCUGACUACAUCCCUAUCACUAACAUCAGGCUUCAAUUACAUGUGAUGAUGCAGAUGUGUGAUUUCAUGGACUAAAACAUUAUUAAAACAAAAUUAUUAAAAUAUGGUUAAUUUAAGGAAUCCUUUGGUAGCCAAACACUAAAUGUUGUAGCCAUGUUGGAGAAAAAUUAGCCAUUGGCAAUGGAUAGGAUGAGAACUGAUAGUAUACAAGUUCUGUUAGUUGUGGGUUCAAAUCCCUGAUGUGGAGACGCAAAAAGAUCAAAUUGCAUUGGUCACAGUUGUAGAUUCUUGAAAAAUAAUCCAGUGUUAAUACAAUACAUGGUGAUGUCAUCGGUAUGGAUUAAGAUGUAGCUGGCAUAUCUUCCCUUCUUUCUUUAAUGACCUUAUUCAAUAUGUACUUUGCAUGCGUAAAGUUAAAAACCAGAAGGCAUUAAAAAGGUUUACGUUUGAAUUUAUGUGUUUCUUCUAGCAUCACAGUUGUACGGUUUUUAUUUAAAUUCUAAGUCAAAGACAAACUCAAUGAGCUAUAUUAUUUGAGUUCAGAAAUGAAAGCUCUGGUUGUAUCUGAUUGUACUGUUUGUACCUUAUUUCGUCAUGGCUGAGCACGCUAAUUGUACAUAGUUUAUCAGCCUGUACGAAUUCAUUAGUAUUUAUCGCACAGUAUUUAUCUCUGCUUGCUAACUUAGAGUACUUAACUGUGUUUUGUAUUAAUGCAUGAAGGUGCACUGGAGUUCUAUUCAUUUCUCAGCAUUUGUGUAGUAGCCAUUUGCUGCAAUAUCUUUGUCAUAUUUGUCGCACACAACUGUUACACUCCAACUCCAACACCACAAUUACACACCCCACAUUUUCAUGACCUCAGCACUGUUACACUGUUUGGUAAAGUUAUGGUCACGUGGUGAGGGGGGAGCACAAGCCACAUUUUAAUCUUUAUAUAGAGAGGGGGAGAUGGAAAACAUACAUGUUUAUCCGUAUGUACGGGUCAGAUCCCCCACCCCACCCCCUUGCAGUUCUGCCAGUUCCUACAGGUUUGUAGUUGACUUACUAAAUAGUCCAAUAAUAUACUGUCUGAAAGUAUAUUUAAUUUACCCACAAAGUAAUUAAAUCAGUCCCCUACCAAGUUUUAUAUCUCACUUAUUGAUAUCUUGGGAUACAGAUAAAUCACAAAAAUUACUUUGUUAAUAUUUACUGUAUGCCGACGAGGAACAUGUGCACAGUAUAGAUUGGAAGUCACGUGAUCCAUGCAUUUGAAGUCAAGUGAUCUAUGCAUUUGAAGUCACGUGAUCCAUGCAUUUGAAGUCAUGUGAUCCAUGCAUUUGAACUCACAUGAUCCAAGCAUUUGAAGUCACGUGAUCCAUGCAUUUGAAGUCACAUGAUCCAUGUAUUUGAACUCACGUGAUCCAUGCAUUUGAAGUCACUUGAUCCAUGCAUUUGAAGUCACAUGUUUCAUGCAGCUCUCUGCUCAGGCAUCGUGCCUUUAAAAUGACACUAAUACAACAGCUACACCCUCAUGUUACAGUAACACCUCAAAUCCACCACAGUUAAUCCCAGUUGUAUUUAUUAAGUAUGUAUUAUUAUCCUAUAAGACACACACAUAUCACAUUUUAAUAAAGUACACACCAAAUUACAAUACAAUCCCAAACAAUUGUAUUUCACAUUACAAUUUUAUAAAUCAAAUCGCACAUCACAAACACCAAACGACACACACCACAAGUGCACUGGAUUACAAUAUAAUCCCAAACAUUUGUAUUUCACAUUACAUUUAUAAACCAAAUCAACACUUCACAAACAUCACACACUACAAGUGCACUGAAUGUAUUUGGAAUUUUAAAAGAUUUCCAAAAACAAAAAUUUGGGAGUUAUGUUUUUUUGUAUAAAAAGUGGAGAAAUCGUAAAUUGCUUUAAGUCCUGUAUUCUGAACAUUAGGAGUUUUUUGUUUCUUUCAAUUUAAAAGUGAACCUAGUCAGGUCCUGUGAUUUAAAGCAACUGACCCUCGUUAUUGUACCAUGUAGCAUUUCAGUUAUUACCAUUAAAAUACACAUUAAAUAUUUUGCUGAAAUUAACCCAUUUUUGACGAUUCAACAGUUUCUGUUCAUCAUUUGUGGUAGCUUGUAAUGGACAUUUUGUCAGACAGAAAACCUACCUGCGUGUAGAACUUACUAGGGUCAGUGACUUUAAAUGAAACUAUAUUGAACAACAACAAAAAAUGCAGAUAUUUAGUGCCAAAUUUACAAAGCCUGUUUAUGUGUUGCACCAGAGCCAGUUUAUCCUAGUAGCACAUAUAGCACGUGCUACGGGCCCCACGCUACAGGGGGCCUUGCAGUGAUGUGUACAUUUAUUUUUCCCAGGUCAUUUUUCCACUCUUCCCGAGGUGGUUGCAAAAUAUAUAUCUUGGGAAGGUGAUAAAGCUGUUAUUUGUGCUACAGGCCUCGCAGAUCCUUAAACCAACUCUUGUCUUACACGUGUGUAACUACAUACAUUUACAAUGCUUAAACGUCUGUAUAUAAAAAAAAAUAAAAAAUAGGCUUCAUAAAUUUGGCCCUUAGUUUUCAGUAAUUUAUUUUAAAUUAUUUACUUUCAGUCAUUGUAUUUUUUGUGUCUAUUAAAAGUAUCAGUAUCUUAUGAACGUCUUAAGUCCAUUUUGAAAGUCUUAUUAACUGAAUUAAUUUUAUCAUGAAAAAACACAAUUAUUAAAAGAUUUGUGAUUCUUUUGUUGUUCAGUGUACACAUGUACCUAUAGAAAGGCAUAGAUAACAUAGAUUUGAACAUAAUAACAACACAGCCCAUUUGUUUGUACGUCUGGCUUUGUGUUUUGUUGGGGGUUUUUGUUUUUUUACAAGGUGUAGGUAGUCUGCUGAAUUAUUGGUUUAGUAAGGUUUGUAUUUUGUUUUUUAAACAAAUCAUGCGUGUUUGAAUAUUUGUCGAGUAUGUAUGCAGUAAUAGUGAAGGUUUAUAUAUGAUGUGUAUCCAAUAUUUUCUUUAUAAAUUUUGUAUGCGACUCUCAAUGAAGUAUAUUUUAAUAAAAGAUUUUCUUAUU